UUAGUCAAAUAAAAGCUUACAAAUUCACUUGCUGUACAAAAAAGUGAAAAAAAUGUUGAACAGCUGUUUACCAUGUGAUAAUUUUUAUUUACUUUUGUCGACGAUUUGUUUAUAACCAUGUUUGAUCGACUGUGUUCACGAUUGAUUAUCUCAAAUAGAUUCAAAUUAGUGAAACAUUUCCGAUUUUAUUCUGAGGAAAAGGUAAAUACGGUUGUUUCAGCCAUACAGCCAACUGGCCCUGUUCAUUUAGGAAAUUAUUUUGGAGCCAUUAAAAUCUGGUUAGAUCUGCAAAAUGAUCCAUCUCGUCAAUGUAUAUUCAAUAUUGCCGAUCUUCAUUCGAUAACCUUACCACACGAUCCAAUAAGUCUGAAAAACAAUAUUAUCACACUGGCAGCAACUCUAUUAGCGUCUGGUAUUGAUGCCGAGAAAUGUACUUUUUUUCAACAGUCAAGGAUUUAUCACCAUACCCAAUUAACUUGGAUCCUACUCUCGUUAUUAUCCUUCGGAAGAUUAUCACACCUUCCACAAUACAAGGAAAAGUCAACCAAUUUGAAAGAAAUCCCUCUCACCCUACUGUUAUACCCGGUCCUACAAGCUUCGGAUAUUAUUUUGUAUAAAGGUAAUGAAGUUCCUGUCGGAAAUGAUCAACUUCCACAUCUUCAUGUUGCUCGUGAUUUGGUCGAAAAAUUUAACCGAAUCUAUGGUUUCGUUUUUCCUGAGCCAAAGCCUUUAAUGUCUGAUGAUGCAUUUGCUUGCAAAGUGCGAAGCUUGAGAAAACCAGAGAAAAAGAUGAGUAAAUCGGAAGCAACGCCUAAAGGACGAAUCGAUAUAACUGAUCCUCCUGAGGUGAUUAGAGAGAGGAUCAUGAAAGCUGUUACCGAUUGUCAUUCAAAUAUAUCAUAUGAUUUUGAUGGAAGACCAGGAGUUAGUAAUUUGAUAUCCAUCCAUAAACUUUGCAGCGGUUUAUCUAUAGAUCAGAUUUGUUCGGAAGCUCGGUCUUUGACAACUGAACAAUAUAAAUCUAUGCUGGCUGAUUUAGUGAUUGAAUACUUUAAACCCAUUAGAUUCAAAUAUCUUGAUCUGUUGAAAAAUGUCGAUUAUAUUUCAGCAAUAUUAAACAAAGGAUCAACAAAAGCUGAAAUGAUUGCUGAAAAUACUAUGUCACAAGUUAAUUCAAGAAUAGGAUUGAUUCCUUAUAAAUGAUUUUGUAAAAUUUGUAAUGAGUACGAAAUUGUAAAUAUAAUAAAUUUCUUUCAUAGUUAAAUUUAUGA